UGCCGCCGCCCAGAGACCGCUGAAACCCCCGUCCGUCCGUCCGCCGCCGCCACUCACUCCGGGCACAGAUCAUUCAGUCAUUGAUAAAAAUGAGCUGGUGCAGAAGGCCAAAUUGGCUGAGCAGGCUGAGAGAUAUGAUGACAUGGCAGCCUGCAUGAAGUCUGUAACUGAGCAAGGAGUUGAAUUAUCCAAUGAGGAGAGGAAUCUUCUCUCUGUUGCUUACAAAAAUGUUGUAGGGGCCCGAAGGUCAUCUUGGAGGGUUGUUUCAAGUAUUGAGCAAAAGACGGAAGGUGCUGAGAAAAAACAGCAGAUGGCCCGAGAAUACAGAGAGAAAAUUGAGACCGAACUAAGAGAUAUCUGCAAUGAUGUACUGUCUCUAUUGGAAAAGUUCUUGAUUCCUAAUGCUUCACAAGCAGAAAGCAAAGUUUUCUAUUUGAAAAUGAAAGGAGACUACUACCGUUAUUUGGCUGAGGUUGCUGCUGGUGAUGACAAGAAAGGAAUAGUGGAUCAAUCACAACAGGCAUAUCAAGAAGCAUUUGAAAUCAGCAAAAAGGAGAUGCAACCAACGCAUCCUAUUAGAUUGGGUCUGGCUUUGAACUUCUCUGUGUUCUAUUAUGAGAUCCUGAACUCUCCAGAGAAAGCCUGCUCCCUUGCAAAGACAGCUUUUGAUGAAGCCAUUGCUGAACUUGAUACAUUAAGUGAAGAAUCAUACAAAGACAGCACACUAAUAAUGCAGUUACUGAGAGACAACUUGACAUUGUGGACAUCGGACACCCAAGGAGAUGAAGCUGAAGCAGGAGAAGGAGGGGAGAAUUAACCAGCCUUCCAACUUUUGUCUGCCUCAUUCUAAAAUUUACACAGUAGACCAUUUGUCAUCCAUGCUGUCCCACAAAUAGUUUUUGUUUACGAUUUAUGACAGGUUUAUGUUACUUCUAUUUGGAUUUCUAUAUUUCCCAUGUGGUUUUUAUGUUUAAUAUUAGGGGAGUAGAGCCAGUUAACAUUUGGGGAGUUAUCUGUUUUCAUCUGAGGUGGCCAAUAUGGGGAUAUGGAAUUUUUAUACACGUUUUACAUGUUUGGCAUAGUACUUUUGGUACAUUGUGAUUUCACAAGGCCAGUGUUAAAACAGCUUCCAUGUCUAAGCAAAGAAAACUGCCUACAUAUUGGUCUGUCAUGGUGGGGGGAUAAAGGGAUAAUUGGUUCCAGCCACAGGUGUAGUUAUUGUGGGUACUUUAGGGUUGGAGCACUCAAUGGCUGUGGUAGAAACAGAUGUCCCAUAGAUACUACAUGGCAUUCCAUGUGUAUCUGUGGAAUACACAAUCUCAACGUGUACACCUUUAUGAUUGCAGUUGCAAAAGUGUUCCUUAAGACAAAGUUUUAACCCAGUCAAUUUACUCUGGAGAAGGGCAGAAAACGGUUCACAUUCCAUUAUUUGUAAAGUUACCUGCUGUUUGCUUUCAUUAUUUUUGCUACACUCAUUUUAUUUGUAUUUAAAUGGUUUAGGCAACCUAAGAACAAAUGUACAAGUAAAGAUGCAGUAAAAAUGAAUUGCUUGAUAUUCAUAAAGUCACUGUAUAUCAAGCACAGCAGUAAAACAAAAAACCCAUGUAUUUAACUUUUUUUAGGUUUUUUGCUUUUGUGAUUUUUUUGAUACUUGCCUAACAUGCAUGUGCUGUAAAAAUAGUUAACAGGGAAAUAACUUGAGAUGAUGGCUAGCUUUGUUUAAUGUCUUAUGAAAUUUUCAUGAACAAUCCAAGCAUAAUUGUUAAGAACAUGUGUAUUAAGUUGAUGUACGUGGAAUAAAAGUUUUAUGAAUGGAAAAA